AUGGCUCGUUCGGACGUUUACAGUCGCCCGCUCGAUCGUCCGUUCAGCGCGCUCGUAAUCGUUUUCGCGGCCUGGAAGGCGCUCCUGCUGCUUACGGCCUUCGCCAGCCCUGGCCCUGGCUAUGACACGUCGACGACGCUUCUGCUGGGCCAGGAUGCUGCUGCCUCCGCGCUGGUGACCACUUCGGUGCCGUGGUCUGCGACGCCCGGCGAGCGCCUCGUCAGCAAGCUUGUCCGUUGGGAUGCCAUUUAUUUCACCGCCGCCGCCGAACGUGGCUACCAGCACGAGCAGGAAUGGGCUUUCAGCUGGGCCUUCAGCCACCUGAUGGCCAACACCGCCAAGAUGUUGGUGCUGUACCAGCUGGCUACCCUGCUGUUCCCUGGCCCAACUCUGCGCAAGACCGCGUUUUUGACUGCCACCCUCCACGUGCUUUCUCCCGCCGGCCUGUUUCUCAGCGCGCCUUACGGAGAGGCGCUAUUCUCGCUGCUGAAUUUCUCAGGAAUGCUGUGCUACGCCUACGCUCGCGUGCGGCUCAAUGGACAUGCUGCGUAUUUCCUCUGCAUACUUGCUUCAGGACUCUGUUUUGGCCUUGCCACAAUGGUGCGCACCAACGGUUUACUCAGUGGCCUCAUUCUGCUCUAUGAUGUUUUCCGGUCUCUGCCUGGGCUCCUUGGCCCGAACCGCGCGAUUGUUGACACGUUUGUGAGGCUCACCGGCGCCAUUCUGGCGGGAUUUAUGGUUGCUAGCGGCUUAAUCAUCCCUCAGUUGGUGGCGUAUCAGCAAUACUGUACCUUGGCCGUGGUGUGCAAAGUUACCACCUAG